ACUUAUUUAAUAUCGAGCUAACUGGUUUAUUGUAGGGUUCUGCCGUACAGAUUACGCGGUAACAGUAUGAGCGAAACUAGUAUCUGUAUUGUUUGAAAAGAUACUGCUAUUAUCCAGCUAAUCUUUAGCGUAUCGGCGCUCGAAUAGUUAAGUCUGAAUAAGUGGGCGCGCACUGCUUCCCUACUUUCACCGCUAAUCUUUCAAAAGUAAAAUCAACACCAAAUGUAGCUAAGGAUUAUAAAUACAAAAUGUAUUAAAUGGCAUCUGUUAUGGAGGACCCCACCCUUGAUCGACACUUCAAGGGUCACAAAGAUGCUGUAACCUGUUCAGACUUCAAUCCCAACAACAAACAGCUGGCCACCGGUUCUGCCGAUAAGACCCUGAUGAUCUGGAACCUGAACCCCAAAGCCAGGGCAUUCCGCUUCGUUGGACACAAAGAUGUCAUCACAGGGGUCCAGUUCUCCCCCGCUGGGGACCUGGUCGCCUCUGCGUCGCGGGACAAGACCGUGCGACUGUGGACGCCCACCAUUAAAGGAGAGUCGACCGCGUUCCGAGCCCACACGGCCACAGUGCGUAGUGUCAGCUUCUCCCGCGACGGCCAGUGGCUUGUGACGGCGUCAGACGACAAGUCUGUCAAGGUGUGGAGCGUCCACAGGCAACGCUUUGUCUACUCCCUUAAUCAGCAUACCAACUGGGUCUGCUGCGCCAGGUUUUCACCGGACGGCCGUCUGAUUGCCUCCUGUGGUGACGAUCGUACUGUGCGACUGUGGGACACAUCCACCAAACAGUGCAUCAACUGCUUCACAGACUAUGGAGGAUCAGCGACAUUUGUAGACUUCAACACCAGCGGAACUUGCAUAGCAUCGUCAGGAGCAGACAACACACUCAAGAUCUGGGACAUCCGAACCAACAAACUGCUUCAGCAUUACCAAGUCCACAGUGCUGGGAUCAAUUGCUUUUCCUUCCACCCGUCGGGUAACUUCCUGAUCAGCGGCUCCAGUGACAGCACCGUGAAGAUUGUGGACCUGCUGGAAGGGCGCCUCAUCUACACCCUCCACGGACACAAGGGUCCAGUCCUGACGGUGGGGUUCUCCAGGGGAGGAGAUCUCUUCGCCUCCGGGGGCUGUGAUGCUCAGGUUCUGAUGUGGAAGACCAACUUUGAUGCGUUGGACUACCGGGAGGUGCUGAGCAAACACAGUAAACGGGUCACCCCCGAGGCCCCUCCUCACCUCUCCGACAUCCACCCCAGGGGACCUCACCUCCACUCCGCCCGGUCUAGGGUCAUAGAGAUCAGUCCCAUGGUGACGGACACGGAGACCGCCGACCCGUCCGUCGUGGAGGUGGGCCCGAGCCGCUACGCAGCCACGGUCCGGGACGGACCCAGACACGGGUUGCCAGUUCGGGGCGAAACCAACGGCCAUGCAAAUAGGUUGCCUUCUCGGUGGGUUGCCAGUACCAGCGCCGACCUCAGUGAGGACGUCCACAGUGGAGGACGGGCUUCGGCAGCGAGGUCCCAGUCUGGGCAGGUGGAAGGUGGAGGAAGGAGGGAGCAGGAGGAAGAUGAGCAGGGGGUGGCGUACCCGCAGGAGGUGUGCUCUGGCCUCCCCAUGAGCUUCACGAGCACCCUGAAAAACAUCGUCCAGCAGCUUGACGUCCUCACUCAGACUGUGUCAGUGUUGGAAGGACGUCUCACCCUGACGGAAGACAAACUGAAGGAAUGUCUGCUCAACCAGAGUCACAUUCUGCUGCAGGUUCGAAGGCAGGAGGAGGACCGAGAUAGAGAGAGGGAGCAAGAGGAGGAGACUGACAGAGAGAGCGAGAGGGAGGACGAGAAGGAGGGGGAGAGUGGAUCCUCCCUUGCCUCAGUCUAAGUCAUGUCCCCCAUCUUCUAUCAGUGUGUGUGUGUGUGUGUGUGUGUGUGUGUUUGGGAAGGGUCAGGGGAAUCUGGGGGUCCUUAACCUCCACCCUGGUGGUCUUUCUCAGGGGUCAAUGACUUAAUCAGGAUUGAGAGGGCUGGGUGGUUCUCAGAUGACUCCCUAAAUCCUUCCUCUUUUAAAGACUCUAUGGACUUGUGUUACUGUCUGGGUGUCUGCGCGUGUGCGCGCUGUUUUAUAGUAUCGCUCUACUUCAGUGUGAGUUCUGUGUGAUUGUGUGCUCAUAGUGUAAGUGAACACUCCUUGGCAGGGCACUAUGCACUAUUCCUCCAUCUUGUGUGCGUGUGUGUGUUUUGCUAUGUGUACUUGUACUAGUUUUUAUAAGUAUCAUCUAUGCAUAAUGUUGUUUCCAAAUUGUCUCAUUAUAUUUGCUUGUAGCCCCACUUCUGUGUGUAGUGUUUGGGUUACUUUUUAUGCAUUCUCUUUCACACUGUGAACUGUAUUUAUACAAAUAAAUUGAAUUGAACUGGCA